AUGUUUUAUAAACUAUAUAUUGUUUAUUGUAUUUUUGUAUUACUUAUCAUCUUAAUAAUAUUCAAAGUACUGAAGGGUCAAGGACAAAAACAGAAUACUGAGUCAGAAAUAUUGACUACAAGUUCUGAAAAAAAUGAAAAAACGAAAAAUUCUGUGGAAAUCCAUUCUCUCUACAAUAAUCUUGUGGAAAAGUAUUCACAAUUAAAAUCUAUUAAUGUGCCAGAUUUUGUUUUAAUUAUUUACUCUUUGAGAUACAUUGCUUUUAUUCCAGAAGAAGAUUUAAUAUUAUUUUUUGAAUCUGUUGCAUAUUAUAUUUCGUGUUCAAAGAACCAAUUAAUAGGAACUUUAGAAAAUAUUCAACGAGAAUUCUAUGAUGAUAAAAAAAUAAUUAAGUGUUUUUUGACACGUGUAAAAUGCAUAAAGAAUGAUUUUUUUAGUGGGUCUAAAAACCCUGUUGGUUUUUUUGAUCAGCACUUAAUAUUUUUAUUUAAGUAUGAAAUUCAUAAAUAUAAAAUUUUUUGUAAUGAAGAUUUUAUAAAAUCUUUUUAUACUUUCCACGGGUAUUUGAAUGUGUA